UGCCAGAUGUCGCGCUUGAUCAUGCUGUUCUUGUGCUUAGUUCACACCUACCAGAUGUCGUACUUGAUUGUGCUGUUCUUGUGUUUAGUUCGCACCUGUCAGCAGAAGCUGCCUAAAAACCCGUUGCAUCGGCCGCUGUGUGCUGAAUUCACCGAACUGUUUCUCACAGAGCAGCUGAAGCGCAAGACCAGGAGCAAGCUGCGAGCGCAGAACAACAAAGAUGCUCCACUGGACGAUCUGCACCAGCUAGUGGAGGAUGAUCAGAGGGAACUGGAUGAAGAACCAUUAGCUGGUUGCCAUGACGACGAAGACGACGACGACAACAAUGACAUGCCAGCAUUUGCUAGCGAGGAUGCGGACAAUAGACUGGGAUCUGAUGAGCCCUUCAUCAGUGAACACACAUUACAGCAACAGCAGCAGCAGCAAGGGGCGAUAGAGUGCAUCUCCAGCUAUGAGGAGCUCGUACUGAAGUACACGGAGGGAUUCCUCGCGAGUGCGAAGGAAUACACGCACAUGACUGAGCUCGCGAAGAGAGUCUCCCAAUGGGAGGAGAAGAUACUUCCCGUGCUGGAGCAGGAGGAGACGCGCGGAUCGUUUGACAUCCACAAGCAUGGAUCGCUGAUCCUAGACUCGUUCUCACACACGCCAUCGGCGAAGGUGAAGAAGGUGCCCUUCAAACAGAUCGUCUCAGGAAAGAGCACGUACGACGUCUGUCGCUACUUCCUGUCCGCAUUACAGCUGGCAAAUUCACACAACAUAGAGAUCAGUCAAGAUGCGCAGGGAGCUGACGGCAUGGACACAAUGGCAAUCAGGCUGUUGUCACGGAAACGCAUACACGAAGAUCUGCAGGAAUACAGAGCGCCGUCCUUGCAGCAGUAGCUCCAUCUAGUGACAAUAGUUUGAUGCAAUUUCCUUAAAGCAGAAGGGAGUCUCUGCUUAGAUCUGUUUUUUAGACACUUGUAAAGGCGGGCUUAUGUCGGGCUUGCGAGCCGACUCGACUGGAAGCAACUGGCUGCGACUGCAGUGCUUAGGUCGG